CAUCAAAUGGUUGUUAUGUUUACACUGUUUUAGUAUUAAUACUGUAUUUGAUUUGAGUCUAACUUUUCAUUUGAUUUGAUAUGACUUUUACUGCUCAGUCAUUGCACACAAACUGUUAUUAUUUGUGAUCACUGGCCAACACAUCCCGUGACCAUUCAUAUGGCGUCAACUGAUAGAGAAUCGCUUCGACAAGAGUUACUUGAUUUGAAUCAAAAGAGAUCUAAAAUGGAGAGUGAAAUGAAAGAGUGGCAAAACAUCUUAAAAACUCAAAAGGUUGGUUUGAAUGACUCUUUGGUGGACAGCGAUGGCUUUCCCCGAAAUGAUAUCGACAUCUAUCAGAUCCGGAUGGCGAGGAAUAAAAUCAUUUAUCUCAACAAUGACAUCAAAAAUCUUAUGAAACAAAUUGAAGAGAAAUUAUUUGCUUUUCACGCAUUGACCAGAAAUGAUGAAACAACUAAUUAAUUAUUAUAUUACUAAUAAGUU